AUGGAUGGCCUGGGGGACGACGACGGCAUGGGCUUUGACAUGCCGCCCAUGAUGGCCAUGAACCAACAGUCGCAGCUGUAUGGCGCCUACUCCCAGGAUGGCUCACAACCAAUGUCCGCCCCCAUGUACCCCGACGACUCCGCAAUGGCUACGGGAGACGACGCGAACGAUGCGAAUGACGCGAAGAGACGGAGAAUCGCGAGGGCAUGCGACAUGUGUCGCAAGAAGAAGAUCAAGUGCGACGGGAAAAUGCCCAAGUGCUCACACUGUAUCAACUACAAGACCGAGUGUAUUUUCACACAGGUGGAGAAGAAACGAAAUCCGCCCAAAGGAGCAAAGUAUAUCGAGGGCCUGGAAAACCGUCUAGGACGGAUGGAGUCGCUGCUACGACUCUCUGGUCUACUCUCCGAGGACGAUGACGGCAAGACGGACCUGGGAACAUUGGAGAAACGACUGGCCGAUCGAGCGAGCACCCUGAACACAUCCAAAAGUGCAACCCGAGCGAAUACCGCCAGUACUUCCCAGCAGCCAGCUCUAGCCUCUUACCAUACUACACCCCGCAUGGAGUCGCAUUCCAGUCCCCGGACAGCCCCCACUUCGCCCGAGUCGCAGAAGGAAUCGGAAACCGAGGUCGAGGCGUUGUCGGAUAUGAUGUGCUCGUUGGUGACGAACAAUUGUGGAGAGACUCGUUACAUCGGCUCCUCGUCCGGGUUUUCAAUCUUCUCGCCCAAGGGCAUUCAAUGGGUCAAUGAGAAGACGGGCGAUACAUCGUUCCAGGAUAUGAUCUCCUCGGCUUAUGUAGAUGACAACAAGUGGAUGUACUGGAAACCGGAGAUCUUCAGCGACAUCUUUGCCCGGCGGGUCUUCAAACCACUCCCUCCCAAGGAGGAAGCGCUCUCGCUAUUCAGAGAUUUCUUUGAAAAUUUCAAUUGCAUGUUCCCGUUGUUUCACGAGGCAACGUUCAUGCAUUUGGUGGAACGUCAAUACUCGCGCGACCCUUACGAAGGCUCUGGCUGGUGGGCGAGUAUCAAUGUGGUGUUGGCCAUCUCCCACCGGCUCCGCGUAAUGAGUAACUUGGUGCCCCAUGAAGAGGACAAGAAAGCAUGGCUGUAUCUGAAAAAUGCGAUGGGUGUUUUGACCGAGCUGACGAUGCGAAACACGGAUCUCCUCAGUGUUCAAGCACUGCUAGGCAUGACCCUCUUCCUCCAAGGCACACCGAACCCUCAGCCUGCUUUCUUCCUGGUUGCGGCAGCCAUUCGUCUUUCCCACAGCAUUGGGUUGCACAAGCGCGGAUCUGGAUUCGGCCUUAACCCGGUGGAGGUUGAACAGCGGAAGCGAGUGUUCUGGAUUGCAUACUGUCUCGAUAAAGACCUUUGCCUUCGUUCCGGCCGACCCCCGGUGCAGGAUGACGAUGACAUGAACGUCGAGCUUCCAAGUGAAGAUCCCCCCGAUAACAUCGGCAAUGUCCCGCUCUCCGAUGGAAAAAGCAAAUUCAAUCUCUUUAGAGCUAUGUGUGAAUUUGCUACCAUUGAGAGCCGAGUCUACAAGCGACUGUACUCGGCCAAAGCAUCCAAGCAGUCUGAUGGUGAAUUGCUCAAUACCAUUGGCGAGCUUGACAAAGAGCUGGAAGACUGGAAAGAUAGCAUUCCUGUCGACUUCCGGCCCGAGUACGAGAUCCAAGCCUCCCACACUCCCCUCAUCCUUCAUGUUGUUGUCCUACAAUUCGCCUAUUAUAAUUGCUUGACCACCAUUCAUCGAAUGUCUGUGCAUCACGGCUACUGGACCAGCCGUCUUUCCAACUACGCCAUCCAAGGUCUGAACGCGCGGCCGUUGAAUCCCAGAGUCUUCCUAUCGGCGGUUCUGUGCGUGACGGCGGCAAGAGCGUCGAUAAAUCUGAUCAGGUACAUCCCGCAGGGAGACUUUGCCUGCGUUUGGUUGAUUCUCUACUAUCCGGUGUCCGCACUCGUCACUCUCUUUGCCAACAUCCUCCAAAACCCGAACGAUGCCCGCGCUCGCUCUGAUGUCAAACUGAUGAACGUAGUUGUCAAUUUCCUGUCGACUCUGGUGUCCGACGAGUCUAACGGGAGCAUCAAGCGCAUGCUCGGUCUCUGCGGCGAGUUUGAGCGAAUCGCCAAGGUGGUCCUGGACAAAGCCGACAAGGAAUCUCACUCGAGAAAGAAGCGCAAGACAAUGCCCCAGGAUUCUGAGCUUGGCCAGCAAGAUGGUCAUGAACAACAAGGUACUGGCAGAAAUGCACAUACCCCUGCUACAUCUACGCCUUUCUCCCCCUCCAUGUUCCCCAACGCUACCGCUUCAUCUCCCGGCACCGCCAAGGCAUUCAACCCGGGUCCCACCAUGCCCCCGAGCAGUGGCAUUUCCACCGAUCUUCCGAGCAACAUCCACGCCAUGUCCGGUCUCGGCCAGGAGUACCAGGAGAUGCUGAGCCCGGAUCAUCUGGCCAACGUCGGAUUUCCCGAUCAAUCCUUUGGAACCGCUAGUCCGAAUCCCUUGGGAUCGUUCCAGCAACCCUUUGUCCCACAGGAUCUGUGGCAGAUGCCCAUGACCAUCGAGUGGGACUGGGCAGAUAUGUCGACGAACUUCCCUGUCUUUGAAGCCGGCGGCGUCGGCUCGAAUGGACCUCCGCAGCAUGGGCAGUGA